UAUGUCAGACGAUUAAGUAGCUAAUGAAUUAGAUGAUGUAGAAAAGAAUUAAGUUAAAGUAAAGUUUCCUCAAAGAUCUUGGAUUUCUAUAAUAUAAAAUAAAAUUGUAUCUGUAAAUCAAGUAAUAAUCAUUAUUUUACUAAUAUCUUAGAUAAGUCAAUCAGAAUUUGAAGAUAAACAUGAUACCAAUAUUGGAAUAACUCCAGGAAGAAGUGAAAGAGAAUCUUUUUGUAAAUCCAAACAUGGCUCUUCACUCUUUUUUCGAGAGGAUUUAGGAAGAUCUAGGAUUAGUGAUUUUGAUCCUACUUCAAUAAAAUAUAGAGUAAUCUUAUUAUAAUUAUUUAUUUAGACUCAACCUCAUGAAGUCAAUUUCAGAAUCAAAGUCUUUAUUAAGUAUCUAGCCCUUAGAAUUCUGUUUUCUAUUAUUGGUCCAUUUCUACUGAUUUAUGGAUUAUUUAAUAAAGAUUGGAUUAACUUUAUGAAAAAUUUCAGGAUUUAUGGUUGCACAAAAGGAACUGCAUUCAAUUAUUUUCGUUGGAUUACAAAUUAUAUUUUUUUCUUCUCUUUUGUAUAUUAUAUUGGAAACUAUGGAUACAAAAGAAUGCAUUAUGAAAUUGGAUUCUUUUGUAUCCUAUUUGUAACAGAAAAUGUAACUUAUGCUAUCAAAUAUGCAUUCUUUCAUCCUUCAAAAUUGAAUCUUAUAGAAAGAUUUGAUAUGGAUGUUAUAGGUGACUUAUGUGAACAAAGUAUAAACCCUUAUCAUUGGGCAUAGCAAAUACCUUCUAUGAUAACUAAGGAAUUUGAAUAAUCAAUGAAGAGACAUCAAAUUGAACCAACAUCUUUUCAACUUUAUUUUAUGGUAGCACCAAAUCCAGAAAGAAAAAAAAGAAUUCAAGUUGGAUUUACUGGAGGACAUUAGAUGUAUGAGGAUAUAGCAGCUAAUUGUAUAUCAAUGGCUAGAGAGAUUGUUGAAGAAUAUAAUAAGAAAUGCCAGCUUAGAUUUAUAAAUAAAUUCUCAAUCUUUAUUUCAUUAAUAAGAGUAGUAGCCUAUAUUUUUAUAAUGAACUUCUGUAGUGAAUCUGUUAAAGAUUAUUUAAUAGCUAUUUAAAUGUGCAUUUUCUAAUUUAUGUACUUUUACAUGAUAACCGUAUUGAUGAUGAUUACAUAUAGAGAUUUAAGAAGAAAGGUAUUUGCCAUGACUCAAUUAUCUCAUCUAAUAUCAGCUGAGAAAGUAGAAGUGUAUUAAGAAUCAAAAAUGUUCCCUACUUUAAAUUUAUUAUGUUGUGUAUCUUUAUAUUCUUGGGUCAAUCUGAGAAAAAUGAUUUUAGAUUAUGGAUUAUAAUAUACAAGGAGACAAUCUUUCAUGUUAUCUUUUAUAAUGAUACUUAAUGCAAUCAUGAUGGUCAUUAUGACAUUAUUAUUCUAUGUUGGAUAUAUUACCAUUAAUAGUAUACUAUAAUAAACUGUUGAUUUUGUAGUCAUAGCAUCAAUAUCAAUUGCAUUAGUAUUACAAGGUGCCAGAAUUAAUGCUCAUUGGUGUAUUCAUAGAGGAUUACUACGUAAAAACCUAUUCCUUAUUUAAUAAUUGUCAUAUCAAAUCUUCAAAUCUUUAGAUUAUACAUUUAAACCUGAAGAUCCAGUUUUUAGUGUAAUUAUAUUUUCAUUAUUUUAGGCUUUUUAAAAAGUACUUGAUAGUGCUACAACUAGUAGUGUAGUUCAAGAUGAUUAAUUUCUGAAUUAUUCAUUAUUUUGUAUUCAUUCAAUAUAAAAUGUGGUAAAUGCAUAUUCUCUAUAAUAUAGUAUAAUGAUUUAGGUCAAUAAGAGAAAUGUCAACCAUAUACUGUAAUGGGAAUAGCUAUGACUUAUUAAUUACUGUUAUAGGUUUGUAUUAGUACAAUGGGAUUGAUCGGAACCUCAGGCUUAAACUUCAUUUUAUAAGUGACUACUUGA